AUGUCCAUGACUCCAAAGGAAGAAGGCGCCGACGUCCCCCAGGACCAGAAGGCGGGAUGGGCCAGCUUCAUCAAGAGUCUCGCCCACAUGACCGGCGACCUCAGCUCUAUGACCGCGCCGCCGUUCAUCCUCUCGCCCACGUCGCUCACAGAGUUCCCUGCCUACUGGGCUGAGCACCCCGAGCUCUUCGCCGACAUCUCAGAGGGCGAGACCGAGGAGGACCGCAUGGAGCGCGUCUUCCUCUGGUUCAUUGCGACCCUCAAGGGCCAGUACACCACUCGUAACGAGAAGAUGGGCUCGGAGAAGAAGCCUCUCAACCCCGUCCUCGGCGAGCUCUUCUACGGUACCUGGCCAGACGUCGAGGGUCGCGGCGAGACCGUCCUCAUCUCGGAGCAGGUGUCGCACCACCCUCCCAUCACUGCCUACUACGUCGAGAACAAGAAGGCUGGCGUUGCGCUUCAGGGCCAUUCGGGCCAGAAGACAUCGUUCUCCGGCACGUCGAUCCUUGUCAAGCAGUCUGGUCAUGCGAUGCUGUUCGUGACGCCCAAGAAGACGGGCAAGCAGGAGACGUACCUCAUCACGCUCCCAAAGCUCCGCAUCGACGGCAUCAUCUGGGGUUCUCCGUACAUUGAGCUCACCGACUCUUCGGCCAUUCAGGCCAGCACUGGCUAUGGUGUGCAGAUCGACUACAAGGGCAAGGGGUACUUCUCUGGCAAGGCUCACAUGUUCAAGGCCAAGAUGACCAAGGCGUCCAAGACGAUCCAGACCUUUGAGGGCGAGUGGACUGGCGUGUCCAAUGUCGGCUCCUCCAAGGGCCCAGUGUUCUACGACGCCGACGCGCCCAAGGAGGAGAUCACCGUCAAGCCCAUUACCGAGCAGGGCCAGUGGGAAAGCCGCAACCUGUGGCAGAAGGUGGCCAACGGUAUCCGCGGCGGCGACUUUGAGGCGGCAGGCCGUGCGAAGAGCAUCAUCGAGAACGAGCAGCGGCAACGCCGCCGGGAUGAGGUCGCGGAGGGUACAUCCUGGAAGCUGUGGAACUUUGAGCACGUCGAUUCGGACCCCGAGUUCCAGAAGCUCGUUGCGAUGAUGAACGACAAGACGCAGCCAACGACCGAGGACGCAUACGUCUACAGCGGGGAGCACUACAAGCAGCUCCUGGCUGGUGCGUCGGCUGAGUCGGCUGCUGCGGCACCGGCACCGGCAGCGUAG